GCUGGAAAAUGGAAAUGGAUCUAUGAAUCUACCUCUGCCUCUAUCCUCCGACUGCUCAAAGUAAUUGGAAAUUUUGACAAGCGAUCGGGAAAAAAAUAAUAGAGUAGAAGAGACGAGAAGAAGAAAAGAAAAUGGUGACAGGGGGGCUUGCUCCUGGGCUGUCGCGUAAACUGAAGAAGGUAUUAGAAUGUCGGGCGGACACUCCCGAAGUUUUGGCUUCUCUCAACACUCUCUCCACUUUGUACUCCGAUAACACUCCUCAGGCGCGUCGCAACCUCAGAUCCACCAUCGAGAAGCGCUCUCUUGAAAUCAACCUCGAUUUUCUCCGUGCUUCCCAGGCUGCUCAACUCGCUUUGGAUCGAGUCGAGGACGAGGUCAAUUCCCUCGCCGACUGCUGCGAUAAGAUUGGAAAGGCAUUGAGCAGUUGCAGUGCUAGCACCGGUGAUAUUAUGAAUACCACCGAGAGAUUGAAGCAGGAACUCGAAGUUACCACUCAAAAGCAGCAGAUUGUCUCCUACUUCCUUCGAGAUUAUCAGCUUUCUCCUCAGGAGAUUACUGCAUUGAGAGAUGAAGAGUUUAAUGAAAAUUUCUUCAAGGCACUUUCUCACGUUCAAGAAAUUCAUGCCAAUUGCAAAAUUCUUCUCAGGACGCAUCAUCAGCGUGCUGGUUUGGAGCUGAUGGAUAUGAUGGCUAUGUACCAAGAAGGAGCUUAUGAGCGACUAUGCAGGUGGGUUCAGGCAGAAUGUAGGAAACUAGGUGACACGGAUAAUCCAGAAAUUGGUGACCUUUUGAAAACAGCUGUGCACUGUCUUAAGGAAAGGCCUGUCCUUUUCAAGUAUUGUGCUGAAGAGGUAGCAAAUAUGAGGCAUAAUGCAUUAUUUAGAAGGUUUAUAAGUGCUCUUACACGGGGAGGACCGGGUGGAAUGCCAAGACCAAUAGAAGUGCAUGCUCAUGAUCCUUUACGUUAUGUUGGAGACAUGCUAGGAUGGUUACAUCAGGCCUUGGCAUCAGAACGUGAGCUUGUGCUUGCUUUACUAGAUCCCGAUGCAUUGAUAGAGACUGGAUCAGCUGCAAACCCAUUUGUAUCCAAGAACGUGGAGAAUGAUUUUGGAAAGAUUGAAGCAGACUUGACAUUUGUUCUUGAUAGAAUUUUUGAAGGAGUUUGCCGACCUUUUAAAGUGAGAGUUGAGCAAGUUCUACAGUCACAACCUAGUCUUAUAAUCUCUUAUAAACUUAGUAACACGCUAGAGUUCUACAGCUACACCAUAUCAGAUCUACUAGGGAGAGAAACAUCUCUUUGUAAUACUCUUUGGGCACUGAAAGAUGCUGCUCAGAAAACUUUCUUUGAAAUUCUGAGAAGUCAUGGGGAAAAACUUUUACGAUAUCCUCCCCUUGUUGGUGUAGAUCUUUCACCAGCACCGGCUGUAAGGGAGGGAGUUUCUGUGCUCCUUGAGAUAAUUGACACAUAUAACAGCAUGAUGGUUCCUGCUUCAGGGAAAAAGCCUGCUUUUGAUCCAGUUAUAUCUGCUUUACUUGAUCCUAUUAUUCAGAUGUGUGAGCAAGCAGCAGAGGCACACAAAUCAAAGGGAUCUGGCCACUCAAGAAGAAGUCGAAUGAGUUCUGACUCUCAGCCUAGUAAAUCCGCAUUUGAUGCAAUUUUGUCAAAUAACAACUCCGCUACAUUCUCUCAGAAUAGUGAAGCUCCUUCCAAGAUCUUCCUUAUCAACUGCUUGUGUGCUAUUCAGCAGCCAUUACUUGGACACGAGGUUGCAGCUGAAUAUGCAAAGAAACUUAGCACCAUGAUUGAUAAUCAUGUAAAUGUUCUUGUGGAAAAAGAAGUCGACGCAAUUCUUAGAAGAUGUGGGUUGUCAAUGAAGAUGCAUCACUUCCCUAAUUCAAAGGAUACAACAUUCGGGAUGCCAUUAGCGGAGUCAGAAGACACAACGCCAGCUUCUCUUUCAGAGUGUUUGAAGGCUUUCUUUGGAUUUAUUUUGGGAAGUGAGAGUUCCUUGCCUGAGUUUGAACAGAUGCAAGUUCCAAAGUUGCGUGCUGAUGCAUGUAUACAGGUAGCUAGGUCAUUGGCUGAUACUUACGAGCUUAUUUACAAUUCAAUCAUGGACCCCAAAAACAAAUACCCAGAUCCCAAAUCACUGGCAAGGCAUCCUCCAGAUCAGAUAAGAACCAUUAUGGGAAUAUGAGGCCCUGACCGUGUUUUACUUUGAUAAAUGUAAAGGAUCGAGGAAUCGUGUUUUGGGAGUAGCACAAACUUUUUGUCUGCUUCAUGUGCUUCAAUAUAUAAGCUAAAGAGGGUUUGUUUUCCAAAUACACAAAACAAUUAUUGUAUCAAUGACAAUGUAUCUUCUUCGAUGA